GUGGUGGCCAGUAUUGAUGAGGAUACAGACAGAAAUGAGGGGUGACAAUAAAACAGGAGCAACAGCAGGAAAAAGCAAGGUCAAUUUUUUUUCAUUUAUAAAUAUAUUAACCAAUAAGGCAGAAGAUGAGGGAUGUGCAUGUCAGAAAAUGUAUUAGCGGUAGUACCUAGUUGCACCUCUUUCUGACAAAUGAAAUGGAGUUAUAGUUGUGUUUGCUGGCUGCCCAUCAGGGUCCAUAAAACAAGCGCACCUCUCUGCUGUUUAACUGUGGCAGUUGUGGUGAUGGACUCUGCAGCAUCAGAUUGUUUAAGGGUGUCUGCCUGAGGCUCAUGCUAAUGCUAAGUUAGAUUUUUUUUUAAAUGCUAACAACGUCACAAUCACUGCUCUCCACUCGCUUUCCAGAUUUGGCUCCGUGCAACUUUUUCCUCGUCCUCCUCCAAAUACAGGUCAAGUUGAAGGGUCACCGUUUAGACACAGUUUGGGGAGCUGGAACCUGACAUAAAAAAUGUCACUUGAAAUCCUGACUUAUGACGCUUCAUGCUCGCAUGCGAAAAUCUUGAAACUUUUAAUCAAAGCUUGUAUAUUUUGCACAAGAGUAGCUUAAAUGUACACUAUCUAGUCGUGAUGACUGCUGUAUGGAUAGACGUGUGUCCUGCUCACUGUUGCUCACAGGUGUUUUCAUCUGUUCCUUAACUGUUUUAUUAUUCAUCUACUAUUCAGUCACAUCACACAUUCUGGAUGUGAAGAUUUUCUUAUUCUAAAGUUCACAACAAUUUAAAACCUCCUGUUUUAAUUUUGUAAAAGCCAAGAUAAUGUCUGCAAAUGUCUAGUUUUGUUUUGUCAGUUUACUAUGUAUCUGACAUGUUUACUUAAAAAAAUCAAAUUGUUUUAUUUUUUUUUAAAAACUUCAUAUUUCAUGACAGCCAUUAGUUGGUUCAGUUAAAGAAUGAAUUAAACUAAGUGAAAAGUGGUUUUAUUGCAACUACAGAACAAAACUAAACAAACAAAAAUACUAAAAGAUGAAUAAAUUAAUUUUUAAAAAUUCAAAUUAUAGAUUUUAAACAUUAUAUUUAUUGAAUUUUAAAGGUUUAUCUUCAUGGAAACAUGGGAUUUAUAAUUUUAAAUAAAAUUUUAAGUUGGUAAGUAAGGCUGCUACUGGUUCUGUUUCACGUCUAGCUUGUCUGACAUUUUUUAAGAAACUUUACAGGGUUUUCUUUCUGACAAUAACUCAUUCAUCGAUACAGUCAGAGUGGUCAGGAGCUACAGUGUCUUUAAUUUGGUCAUGUGGUCAUUUUUUAUCUAAACUAGCAGGGUGAGUGGAGGUUAAACAGAUGAAACCUGAAAAAACAGUCAUAAUUACAUGGUGUUAACAAUACAUGAAAAGCUGAUUUAAUUGAACUUUAUGUGGUGUGAUUCAGUGAAAAACUACACGUAAUCCUCUGAGUGAACAGUGCUUUUGUUGCAACCAAAGAACAAAGCUAAUCCAACAGGAUACUCCUGGCAGUGAACCAUUCCAACUAAACAACAGACGUCCACAUGUGAAGAUAAUGGAAACUCAGUUUUUUGACUCCAGCUUGCCCAAACACCCCUCUUCCCUCCCCUCACCCCUCCACCCUGAGCCUCCACCCUCCCUGACCGGGUCUGUACCCCGGGGACGUACAGCUGCACAUGACGCAACCACACAGGAAUCCUGGCCUGGCUCCUGUUCGCCCGCUGCUGCUGUUAAUGUCCUGUCACUGCAGUGUUUCCCCUCCUGCUCUGCUCUGCUCGGGCCUUAAUGAGCUGAUCUGGAAGCAGUUUUUGGAUCUGAGCUGUUUCUCUAAGCGAAAACACUGUUAAAAUACCAAGGAAAGACCCACAUUUACGCCAUCUCUCCCUCUGCACACACACCUCUGUUUCAGGCCGAGCAGAGAAAGCAAGUUCGGAGGGGUGGGAGGCAGAGUUUCCUCCCUCCCCUCACCUGCUGUUAAACGCCGGUUUCCACAGCGACGCUCCAGAAUCGGAAACAAACAGUCCCGAAGUGUGAGGGGAGGCCUGCGGGAAAAACCUCUCGCUUUAGAUCCUCCUCUCUUUGUUCCGCUGAUUUCAGCUCUGAAAAAUCACUCCAGUUUUUGCUGAUUUACUGAACUGGAUCAUGACUUCACCCACCCCGGGGCCCCUUCAGGGUUCAGGGACCCGAAAACUUCUGCGAGGUUGUUUCUUUGUAGUCAUUUUGUGUGUUUGUGUUGUUUGUCAAAGUGUUUACUUUGUGUCCCGACUGGUACGUCGGCGGUGUUAUUGCAUUCGGUGAGGUAUCUGGCUGGGUAAGUAUGUAUGUAUGUGUGUAUGUCCGGUCCGAUAUCUCUGCAACCGCUGAAGUCAGGAUAAUCAAAUUUGGCACUGAAGAUCAGUCUAAGGUCCCCUGCUCAGUUGUGGAGUUACAGGUCAGCAGAUCAAGUAGGGAGGGAUAUACGUGCGAUGAUCAAAAUUGAUACAUAUUGCAUCAGUUGUAUAGGGAGGACAGGGUUUUCACCAGCAGAGGGCGUGGUUCUGCCCUCUACUGAGGGCUCAUCUUGUUGUUUUUCUUUUUAGUAAUUUUGCAUCUCUUUGUAGUCAUUUUGUUUGUUUUGUUGUAAUUUUGUAUGACUUUGUAGAUAGUUUGUAUUUUUGUAGUUAUUUUGUGUCUUUAGAAUUAUUUUGUCAUUAGUGGUUGUUUUUUUCAGUCAUUUUGUGUGUCUUUGUAGUCAUUUUGUGUGUCUUUCUCAUUGUUUUGUCUGUAUGUGUGGCUGUUUUCAUUUCUUUGUAGGAGUUUUGUGUCUCUGUGGUUUUGUGGGUUUAGUUUUGUGUCUUUAAAGUUGCUUUGUUUCUCUUUGUCACAUUUUUUUGUUUCUUUGUAGUUGAUUUUGUCUGUAUUUUCUGUAGUUAUGUCUGUGGUUGUUUUGUGUCUGUAGUUUUGUAGUUGUCUCUCUGAGAUUGUUUUGUCUUACUUUUUCUGAUUUGCAUCACUCUGGCUGUUUUGUGUCUUUAUGCAGCUGCUUUAUUUCUUUUUUUAGUCAAUUUGUGUUUCUUGUUUUUGUGCCUCCUUUUGUGUCAUUGUAGCCCUUCUGCUUCUCUUCUAUCAUUCUGUCUCUUUGUUUUACAUUUGUGUCUCUUUGCUGUUGUUUUGUGUCUGUUUUUAUUUUUUGAUUUGUGUUGAGGUAGCUGUUUUGUGUCUUUAUGUAGUCAUUUUGUUUUUCAUUGUAGUUUUCUGUCUCUUUGUGGUUGUUUUCGUGGUUUGUUUUGUGUUUAUGUUGCAUUUAUUUGUAGUUUUGCCACAUCUUUGUAGCACUGCUUUUUGCUUUGUUCGUCUCUCUGCUGUGUUUAUUUCGUAGAGGCUGCAGUGAGGGUUCUCAUCGUCUGGUUCUGGGCCUUCUGCAGACACCGCUGCAGACCUGAAUGUUGGUCCAAAGUAAAAGCUCAAUAGACAAACUGAGAGGCAGCUCCUGACCUCCGACCUACAGGCUGCUGUGAUGGAUGGAGGGAAUUACUGAUCAAGUAUUUUCAGUUAAAUCAUCUGGUUUCAGCUUCCGGAUGCGACAUUUUUCUAGCAUAAAAGCCUCAUGCUGUAAAAAUAAUCAGUAUAUCGACUAUUUACAAAAAAUUCAUCAAAAUAUCAAUCAUAAUGUAUAAAAUUCAUGUGUAAUUUUAUGCAAUGCUUCAAUUUAGACAAUAUACUUCAAUAAUAUUGAGUUUUAUGAGUUACAUAAGUUAAAAUAUUUAGGAAAAUUUAAUCUAAUCGAAGCAUAAAACAGUAGUGUCUCAGAGGUGCACUUCAGUCACUCUGUAUUUCUCUUUUUAGCUUUCUUUAAAACUUCAUUUCAUGUCAUUUAUGUCUCUUCAUAGUUGUUUUGUGUCUUUUUGUAACGUCAUGUUUUGUUUGGUUAGUGCCACUGAAGUAAACCUCUGUCACUUUGUAGUAAUUUUGUCAUUUGUGUCUUUUUUCAUUAUUUUGUCUGUCUGAGGUGUUUGUGUGUUGUUUUGUAGUAGCUUGUAGAUGUGUGUGUCUUUGUAGUUGUUUUUGCAUCUUUGAAAAUGUUUGUAUCUAUUUGUAGUUGUCUUGUUUCUAUUUGUAGUGGUUUUGUGUCUCUGUGUAGUUGUUUUGUGUCUUUUUUAGUUGUUUCUGUCUCCUUGUAGUACUUUUGUCUUUGUCGUUUUGUGCGUCUUUGUCCUGUUUCAUUCUCUUUGUAGCCAUGUUAGUUUUUUUGUAGUCGCUUCGUGUCUCUCUGUAGGUGUUUUGUGUAUAUUUGUAAUUAUGUUUCCGUUUGUAGUUGUGUGCCCAUUUUUAAUCAUUUUGUGUCUUUUUGUUGUACUUUCGUUUCGUUGUACUUAUUCUGUGUGUCUUUGCAGUUGUUUUGUGUCUUUGUAGUUGAUUGUAACUUUGUAGGUGUUUUGUGUUUUUGUAGUGUUUUAUUCUCUUUGUAGUCGUGUGUUUUUGUAGUCAUUUUGUGUCUUUGCAAUACUUUUGUUUCUUUGUACUUGUUUUGUGUGUCUUCGUAGUAGUUUAUCUUUGGGUAGUUGUUUUUCUAUGUGUCUGUCAUAGUUUUGUGUGUCUUUGUGAUGUUUUAUUCUCUUUGUAGCCAUGUGAGUUUUUGUAAUUAUUUUGUCUCUUUCUGCAUCUCAUUUGACGGAAAUGGAAAAUCAUCAUUUCAAUUCUCUGUUUUUUCUUUUAACUUUAACUAACUGCAGAUUGACUAACAUAUGAGGAUUUUUAUUAUUACUAAAUCAUGCAAUUCCGUUUUAAAGUUGUUUGUUUAACUGGUUGUGAACUCGGUGCGCUCCCUCCUCGGUCACGCGCAUCGUGCUCAUCACGCUGUGCGCACGCGUCGCUCGGAGGCAAGUUGAGCGCGCGCCAGCAGCAGUUUCCAGCUGUGCUCGUGAAUCGGACCGUUAGUGAGUCCUGUGGUGGACCAGGCGCUCGGUCGGUCUGUCCUUUCCCCGCAGCUGUCUCCCCGGUGUGGAUCCAGCCUGUUGCCCCGACCCUCCUGCUCCUUCCUCCGGACUCAAACUCUCCAUUCCUCGGUUUCCCCCCACUGACAGCUCUGGGAACUUUUCGGACCGGUUCUGUGUGUCCGAAGCUUUGAGACCCGGUUCUGCUAGUUCGGACUGCCCCCCUCCUGCUCCACCAUGGGUUGGAGUGUCCCGGUUCUGCUGUCAGUCAUCUGCGCUCAGCUCACGGCUGGAGUCCCGGACGGCCCGGCCGUUCAAGUGAUUGAUGUGUUGGGCCUUCAAGACUCGAAGCAGAUCAUUUCAGCUGUGGAGAAGCUGGCAGGUGGUCUGAGCGCACUCAGUGACGUCUAUGUGGUGUCUACGUUUCGCCUGCCAGCAAAGCUGGGUGGAGUCCUGCUGGGUCUCUACAGCAAACAGGACAACAGAAAGUACCUGGAGGUCGCUGUCAUGGGGAAGAUCAGUAAAGUCCUGGUCCGUUAUGUCCGCGCUGAUGGGAAGCUCCACACGGUGAACCUGCAGAACGCCAACCUGGCCGAUGGGCGGACUCAUUCCAUCAUCCUGAGGCUCGGCGGCCUUCAUCGUGAACAAAUGCAGAUGGAGCUCUACGUUGACUGCCGAUUGGCCGACUCCAGCCAGGGUCUGCCGCCAUUGGUUCCUCUGCCCAGGGAAGCAGACAUGGUGGAGAUCAGACAUGGACAGAAGGCGUACGCCAGACUCCAGGGGGCGGUGGAGUCCCUCAGACUGGCUCUAGGGGCAGCGUUGCUAAAGGCCUGGAGCCUGACCGACUGUCCGUUCCAAGCGACUCAUCAGCCGUACAACUCAGGUGAACCGUCAAACUCCAUCCUGGGCGAUCACACGAAGGCUCUGAUUGGUCAACUCAUUAUCUUCAAUCAGACUGGAGAGCUGCGACAGGACAUCAGAGAACAGGUGAAGGAGACUCUGAUCAGGAACACCAUCCCGGAGUGUCAGGUUUGCCAGUUGUUUGUGUGUCUGUGUGCAGGUUUCCACGAGCCUCGUUCCCGCUGCUCUCCAAAUCCCUGUUACAAGAAAGUAACCUGCAUGGAGAGUCUGCACUACCCUGGAUACACCUGUGGACCCUGCCCACCUGCCACCGGCAACGGAACACACUGCAGGGACGUGGACGAGUGUGAGCUGCAGCCCUGCUACUCUCCUGAGGCCUGUGUGAACACUGUGGGGGGGUUCAGCUGUCCCUGUCCUCCAGGCCUGUGGGCGCCUCUGGCUGGAACCGGACUGGACUACGCCAAGACACACAGACAGGAGUGUUCAGAUAUCGAUGAGUGUGUCGACCUACCUGACGCCUGUGUGUCCAACUCUGUCUGCAUCAACAGUGGUUCGUACAAAUGUGGAGGAUGUAAACCUGGUUUCCUCGGCAACCAGACGUCCGGUUGCUUCCCCAGAAAGUCGUGCAACGCGUUGACGUUUAACCCCUGUGACACCAACGCCCACUGUGCCAUGGAGAGGAACGGGGAGGUCUCCUGUCAGUGUAACGUAGGCUGGGCUGGUAAUGGAAACACAUGUGGAGUGGACACAGACAUCGACGGAUAUCCCGACCGCUCGCUGCCCUGCAUGGACAACGACAAGCACUGCAAACAGGACAACUGUGUGUUCACUCCGAACUCGGGUCAGGAGGACGCCGACAACGACGGGAUCGGUGAUCAGUGUGAUGAGGAUGCAGACGGAGACGGCAUCAAAAACGUGGAGGACAACUGCCUGGUACCUAACAAAGAUCAGCAGAACUCAGACAGUGAUUCAUUCGGAGACGCUUGUGACAACUGUCCCAACGUCCCCAACAGUGACCAGAAAGACACCGACAGCAACGGACAGGGAGAUGCCUGUGACCAGGACAUCGACGGAGACGGUAUUCCCAACGUUCUUGAUAACUGUCCGAAGGUACCAAACCCAAUGCAGACGGACAGAGACCGAGACGGAGUUGGAGAUGCCUGCGACAGCUGUCCUGAACUCAGCAACCCAAUGCAGACAGACGUUGACAACGACCUGGUGGGAGAUGUUUGUGACACCAACCAGGACACGGAUGGAGACGGUCACCAGGACAGCAGAGACAACUGUCCUGACAUCCCCAACAGCUCCCAGCUCGACUCCGACAACGACGGUCUCGGAGACGACUGCGACCACGACGAUGACAACGACGGCGUCCUGGAUGACUACGACAACUGCCGGCUCAUCGUCAACCCCAACCAGAAAGACUCUGAUGCGAACGGCGUUGGCGAUGUUUGCGAGAACGACUUCGAUAACGACGCUGUGAUGGAUCUGAUCGACGUGUGUCCAGAGAGCGCUGAGGUCACGCUGACCGACUUCAGAGCCUAUCAGACGGUCAUCCUGGAUCCGGAGGGCGACGCCCAGAUCGACCCCAACUGGGUGGUCCUCAAUCAGGGGAUGGAGAUCGUCCAGACGAUGAACAGUGAUCCUGGUUUAGCCGUGGGUUACACAGCGUUUAACGGCGUCGACUUCGAGGGAACGUUCCACGUCAACACGGUGACAGACGACGACUACGCCGGCUUCAUCUUCGCUUACCAGGACUCAUCCAGCUUCUAUGUGGUGAUGUGGAAGCAGACGGAGCAGACGUACUGGCAGUCCAUCCCCUUCAGAGCCAUGGCCCAGCCUGCACUGCAGCUCAAGGCGGUGAAGUCUCGGACUGGACCAGGUGAGUUUCUGAGGAACGCUCUGUGGCACACCGGAGACACACCUGGAGAGGUGAAGCUGCUGUGGAAGGAUCCUCGGAACACCGGCUGGAAGGACAAAACCUCGUACCGCUGGCAGCUCACCCACCGGCCGCAAGUGGGAUACAUCAGGGUAAAGCUGUUUGAGGGGAUGGACAUGGUGGCGGAUUCAGGCGUUGUGGUCGACACCUCCAUGAGAGGAGGCCGGCUCGGUGUGUUCUGCUUCUCCCAGGAAAAUAUCAUCUGGUCCAACCUGCGCUACAGAUGUAACGACACCGUGCCUGAAGACUUCAAGUCUCAUCGUAAACAAGUUAUGAUGCACAUUGAGGUCUGAGAGCUGCAGAUAGACUCUUCACACACACUCACAACACAAAUACAUGGACAAACACAUCCCCCAAACACUUUAACUGUAGUCUGAAUGCGAGCUGUGUGAGCAUGUGUGUGUUUGUGUUUGUGUGUUGCAUGAAUGAAAGGGAAAUCGUUGAAAGACAGAAACCAAGCGUCAGAGUGGACAGUCUGGGGAAACACUUCAGGAGCGCCUGAAUCAGUGUCGGUUUGUGUAGCUUUUAAAUGUUUGUUGUUUGUCUUUACAUAGAGUGAGGUUGGAUCAGAAGAAUCUUCAUUCAAAAUCUGUUUGAUAUUUUUAACCAAUAGCUAAACAUAAAGGUUUAAAACAGAGUUUUUGUCAAGUUCAUGAAGUUAUGUUUCACAAAACAACAUGAGGAAGCAAGGUAACAAAUCCAGGUCUGGUUUUCGUUUUCUGACUUCAUUAAACCAAACAGCUGCAGUCACACGAAGCUGGUUAUUAAUUAAGUAAGUCAACUGGGGUCUCUGGACUUGGCUUUAAGCAUUUUCACAUAAGAGGAAUGGAGCUGGGAACAGAUAACGGUCAUAAACAUGGAAAGGAGCUCCGAAACAAAUAUGAAGAGUUUCAGAAAUAUAAUACAAGCUAAAAGCAACACAGCUGGUGAAGCUAAACUCAGAAGAGAAAGGAAGGAUUCCAAAAUUCAAACUUUUUUAGCAGUUGGCUUCUUCUACGUUUACUCCGGCUAACGUAGCCUGUAGCGCCACCUCUUGGCAAUAAGGCACAGUCUGGUUUAUCUGAUCUAAAGAAGUUAAUGGAAAUAAAUUCAUAUUUUCUGAAACAUAGCUGCUGAUUUCUUAAAUUCCGGUUCCUCAACAAAAAAGAAGGAUCUCAUUUUCUCAUGUCUCCACAAUAAAAUAUUGAGCUUUUUGUGAUGAUUGUCAGUCCUUGACUUUUAUCAGACAGUCCAGUCUUCAGAAAAAAUAAUCCUGGAGACUGUUGCGGAAAGUGUUUCCUUUUGAUAGAACGUCGGUGUGCUCGUCUUUCAGUCGUGUUUCUUCAAACAAACUCCUGCUUUGGCUCCUCACUGAUCUGAGUUUAUCGGUGCCGUUAAAACAUGAAAACAGUCCUGAAUACUGUGCAGCUGUUAAGGAUUUAAGGAAAAAGCAUAAACUCUCUUUUUAACUGAUCUGCAAACCAACAGCAAGGAUAAUUUCAGGCGUUUACCGACCCAGACGACCCUGCUGAGACUUGAUAAGCUAACGUUACACAGAAGAGACGCUUUGAUUUGAAUGAAAAGGGGAAUGCCUGUUUUUGUGUAUUUUCAAAAUGUACAUAACUUUGUUGAAAUAAACUACCCGACCAAGACUUUUCUUACAA